AUGCCUGCCUCUACGUCGCUCGGAUUCGCAGUGGCCACCGCUCCAUAUAGGCUUGAACGCUGUCGCCUCCAGCUAAAGGCCGCUAUCUACGAGCACCACGAGCUAGCAACUGCCAUUAUAUAUCUCGCACUCAAAGUCAGCGAUCUCGAAAGCCGAAUCCGCCGUUUCAUACUUUGUCAAGGCGGCGCACCCCCCUGCCGGCGCGAAGCCCUCGCCACGAAGCUCGAAACCAUGCAGAGCGAAAGCGCCAACCGCAAGCGCGACUUAUCGGACAAAGUCAAAGAGCAGGAGCUAGCCAGGAAGACAGUGCAGCGUCUCAGCGCGCAAUACUUCAAGCUACCAUGUCUGGCGCUGUGCGGGACCGUGUCGACAAAGCUGCCUCGCGAGCUCCGGGAGCUCGUGUACAAGGGCAUAAUCGGGCCCGAAGCCGUCGUCCCCAUCAGCCAAACGAUUCUGGAAAGCGGCGAAGCCGUCCUGACGCCCGAUGAAUGCCUCCUAGAGCACAAACACGUCCUGGAUCGCGAGGCCGUCGGCAAGGACUUCCUGGCCGAGCUGACGGAGACGUGCUACCGGAUCUCUGCAUUUCGGUUCACUGACUAUUCGCAUAUCAAGCGUUUCUUCGACGAGAAUAGGCGGAUAUGCGGGCUAGAGCCAACGCAGAUUGUUUCGAAAGUGCACGUUCCGAUCGGGAGACCUGCGUUGGAUUCGUACGGAGACAACUACGAAAUCGACGAAAUCUGCCAGGCGCUGCGAGAAUUAGCCCGCCUAAAGAGCGGCGCAACGAUCCGUGUGCGGCUCGAAACGCGCCCCUGGCGCGAUGUGUGGCCCCCCGUUCAUCGGCCCAUCCCGCACAGGCCAGUGAUCAACAUCUUCCCCGUGCUCGUGGAGUUGCAGGAGCUCGGGUAUAAAAUCGAGGCAUCCUUGGACAAGGAUGAUUGCUAUGUUAUUACGACGGAAAAUACGGACUUCUCUGUUCAAGGCUGGAUUCAGAGAAUCGACACGUGGAGCGGGCCACAAUUUCCGGGAGGACUUGAGGGCAGGGUGGUGGCGAGGGCAUGGGAUCUAACGGCUUAUCGGAUCCGUUGA